AUGGCGUCGUCCACGAAGGAUGAGCUCUACCAGCUCGAGCUCCUUUCUCUGACGGGCAAGAUCGCUACAGAGCUCCUCAACCACACCGGCAUCAACGAUCGCGUUCUUGCAGAGUUCAUCCUUUCGCUGCACGAUUCUGCUACCUCCGUCGCCGACUUCAAAUCCAAGCUCUCCGAAGUCGGAGCUGAGUUUCCCGACAGCUUUGUCACCAAUCUCGACCGCCUCAUCCUUCGAUUGCAUCCCAAACACAAGAAAUCAUCAGCGUCCGCGGCAGUCACCAACGGCAAGGCGGGCUCAUCUUCGCCUAGCGCCAAGGGUAAGGAGAAGGCAUCGCUCGAGGAUGAGGAGCGCGAACGCAAGACUCGCAUGUUCCCUGGGCUCGCCAUCAAGGAUCAGGAAUGGCAGUCCUCCGCCGAGGAGAAAGGUCGCAAUGCCGUCGAUGAUUUCAUGAAGGAGUUUGAGGACAUGGCCGCAGCAAAGCCCAGCUCGCGCACAAACGGUAACGGAAGGAAACCAGACUCUCGUUCGCCUCCAUCUACAUCCUCGAGAAACCGAUAUGACGAGGAUGACCGUGCAGCGUCCUCUUCUUCUUCCCGCAGAGGCCGGGACGACCGUCCGCCACCGCACCUAUCCCGCCCACCUCCCGACGACCGACCGCAGCUCUACAAGAUCUACGACGGAAAGGUCAGCAACUUGCGUGACUUUGGCGCCUUUGUCGGCCUCGAAGGGCUUCGUGGACGCUUCGAAGGAAUGGUACAUAUCGGCUCGAUCGCACCCAAUACGCGUGUCAACCAUCCGUCUGACCUUCUCUCUAGAGGUCAACGCGUCAAGGUCAAGGUCAUGUCCGUCGUCGGCGACCGCAUCGGUCUCUCCAUGAAGGACGUCGACCAAGCAACAGGACGAGAUCUCACGCCGCAUCUGCGCAUCAAGAGCGAGGCAGAGAUGGCAGAAGAGCGCGAACGGCAUGCUGCUCGUUCCGCCAGUGGCGCAAAUAGUGCACCACUAGGCGGCGCGAGAGGAGCGUCGAAUGGCAAUGGAGCUGGCAGCGGCAUCACAGUCAAGGAAGAUGGGCGCGGCAGAAGCAUCAAGCGACUCACUAGUCCUGAACGCUGGGAGCUGCGACAGCUCAUCGCCAGUGGUGUCGCCAAAGCCAGCGACUACCCAGAACUCAUGGAGGAGGAUCUGCGCACGCCCAACACCAAGCCAGGUGCCGACGAGGACGACGAGGAGCUCGACAUCGAAGUCAACGAGAAAGAAGCCCCUUUCCUCAAAGGCCAAACCAGCUCUUCGAUCGAGAUGUCGCCGGUCAAGAUCGUCAAGGCGCCCGACGGCACUCUCAACCGUGCUGCUAUGGCGGGUGCAACGCUCGCCAAGGAGCGCAGAGAACUGCGCAAGCAAGAAGCAGAAGAGGAGGCGGACGCAGAAACUGCCGACAUGACCUCGGGCUGGCUCGACCCCAUGGCGCAACAAGGCGACCGACAGUUCGCUCAGGAUCGAAGGGGCAACAUCCUCGGUCAGAAGGCGCAGGACCAACCCGCUUGGAAGAAGGAGACGUUCAACAAGGCGACAACGUUCGGUAGGAUCACCAGUCUUUCGAUGCAAGAACAACGUCAGAGCUUGCCCAUCUACAAGUUGCGCCAACAGCUGGUUCAAGCCAUCCGCGACAAUCAAGUGCUGAUCGUCGUCGGCGACACUGGCUCCGGCAAGACCACCCAGAUGACCCAGUACUUGGCCGAGGAGGGCUUCGCAGAUCGCGGCAAGAUCGGCUGUACGCAACCACGACGUGUAGCAGCCGUCAGUGUCGCCAAGCGUGUAGCGGAGGAGGUAGGAUGCAGAGUUGGACAGGAGGUCGGCUACACGAUCCGAUUCGAAGACUGCACCAGCCCGGAAACCAAGAUCAAGUACAUGACAGACGGUAUGCUGCAACGAGAGUGUCUCGUAGAUCCGGACGUGACCAACUACUCGGUGAUCAUGCUCGACGAGGCGCACGAACGCACCAUUGCUACCGACGUGCUUUUCGGUCUUCUCAAGAAGGCCCUCAAGCGGAGACCCGAUCUCAAGCUCAUCGUCACAUCAGCGACGCUCGAUGCGGAGAAGUUCUCGACCUACUUCUUUGGCUGUCCCAUCUUUACCAUCCCUGGUCGAACGUACCCCGUCGAGAUCCUGUACACCAAGGAGCCCGAGCCGGACUAUCUGGAUGCAGCACUGAUCACGGUGAUGCAGAUCCAUCUUUCGGAGCCGACAGGUGACAUCUUGGUCUUCCUCACGGGUCAGGAAGAGAUUGACACGAGUUGCGAGAUCCUCUUCGAGCGCAUGAAGGCGUUAGGUCCCAGCGUGCCGGAGCUCAUCAUCCUGCCCGUCUACUCUGCGCUGCCGUCGGAGAUGCAGACCAAAAUUUUCGAGCCGACCCCCGCUGGAUCGCGAAAGGUGAUCCUUGCGACCAACAUUGCCGAGACUAGUAUCACGAUCGACGGUAUCUACUACGUCGUCGAUCCGGGCUUUGUCAAGCAGAACGCAUACGAUCCGAAGCUGGGCAUGGACUCGCUGGUGGUGACGCCCAUCUCGCAGGCGCAGGCGAGGCAGCGUUCUGGCCGAGCUGGCCGCACCGGGCCAGGCAAGUGCUACCGCCUGUACACGGAAGCAGCGUACCGAAACGAGAUGCUGCCCAACUCGAUCCCGGACAUCCAGCGACAGAAUCUCGCAUCGACCAUCUUAGCGCUGAAGGCGAUGGGCAUCAACGACCUGGUCAACUUUGACUUUAUGGACCCACCACCGGCCCAGACGCUGCUGACGGCGCUCGAGUCGCUCUAUGCGCUUUCCGCUUUGGACGAUGAGGGCCUGUUGACGCGACUCGGACGAAAGAUGGCCGACUUCCCCAUGGAGCCUAUGAUGUCCAAGAUGCUCAUCGCGUCGGUCGAUCUUGGGUGUUCCGAGGAGAUGCUUUCGAUCGUCGCCAUGCUGUCGGUGCAGAACGUGUUCUACCGACCCAAGGACAAGCAGACGCAGGCGGAUGCCAAGAAGGCCAAGUUCUUCCAACCCGAGGGCGACCACCUGACGCUGCUGACCGUGUACAACGGGUGGGCGGCGAGCAAGUUCAGCAUGCCAUGGUGCAUGGACAACUUUGUGCAGGGACGAUCGCUGCGUCGGGCGCAGGACGUUCGCAAGCAGCUGGUGGGUAUCAUGGACCGCUACAGCCACGACAUUGUUUCGUGCGGCAAGAACUACAAUCGCGUCCGCAAAGCCAUCUGCUCGGGCUACUUUAGGAAUGCCGCCAAAAAGGACCCGCAGGAAGGAUACAAGUCGCUGGCGGAAUCGGGGGGCACAGUCUACAUCCAUCCGAGCUCAGCACUGUUCAACCGCGCACCCGAGUACUGCGUCUACCACGAAGUGGUGCUGACGACGCGCGAGUACAUGCGCGAGGUGACGGCGAUCGAGCCCAAGUGGCUCGUCGAGGUGGCACCGAGGUUCUUCCGUCCCGCCGACGCGAUGAACAUCAGCAAGCGCAAGAGGCAGGAGAAGAUCGCUCCGCUCUUCGACAAGUUUGCCAAGCACCAGGACGAGUGGCGGCUGAGCAAGGUGAAGCGCGUCGGCAAGAGUUCGCAGACGUUUGGCUGA